AUUAUCCCCGUGCGAUGCUUCUCUUGCGGAAAAGUUGUAGGUGAUAAAUGGGAUGAAUACCUCAGGCUCUUGGAGAAUGGCGUGAGCGAAGGCGAUGCACUCACUGAAUUGGGGCUAAGGCGAUACUGCUGCCGACGCAUGGUUCUAACCCACGUUGAUCUCAUCGAAAAAUUACUACAGUACAAUCCUAUGGAACGAUCCAAAGACAAGAACAUUGGGGGGUAG